ACAAAACAAAAAGCGUAAUUGGCAAAGAGAACAGAAAAUGAGGAAAAUGUUUGAUGAACGGAAAAUUUGUCAUUUUUAUACAUGAGGAGAAAAUAGCGAGUGCGAAAAUAUUUUUCAUUGGCUUAAACCAAAAUUUUUAACAUAAAAAUUAUUGAAACGUUGUUUAAAAUUCGGAAAAAAUUAUUUAUUUGCAAAGAAUUACGCAAUAUAUGCUUUUUUUGGCAACUGCGUUUAAUUAUGUGAAAGAAUUCCUGCUCAUCUGGGAAACUUCAACAGCUGGCAAACGGUUUUCUAACGACGUAAAAUAAAUGUUGCAACUGUGAAUUAAUAAACAUGGCUCAUGCCAAAGAAUCUUUCCGGGAACGGCAAAUACAGGAGUUGGAAGUUAUUAAGAGUAUUUUUGGUAAAGAUGUGGAAGACUUGCGCCCAAAUAGCAGUAGCGCAAUCAGUGCUUCGAAAUGGAAACCCACAGAUAUACGUAUACAGCUGACGCCGUUACGAGAUUCCUCCAAUGGCCAUAUGGAAGCAUAUGUCCGUACCAAAUUACACAUAGUGUGUCCUUCGAAAUAUCCUAAAGUAGCACCUAAAUUAUCUCUUGAAGAAAGUAAAGGUUUAUCAGAUCAACACGUGGAAGAAUUAUUAAAUAAACUAGAGAAGCAAUCUCAAGAUUUGCGUGGAGAAGUGAUGAUAUUCGAAUUAGCACAAAUAGUACAAAGUUUUCUAUUGGACCAUAAUAAACCACCGCGUGGCUCCUUUUAUGACGAAAUGUUACAGGCGCAGCAAGAGAAUUUAGAUAAACAAAAACAAAAAGAAACCAAACAGAGACAAACAUUGAUGGAUGAAGUCGAACGUCGAAAAGAGAUGUUCAAGAAUGAAGCAAAACGUAGAGGAGAAAUGCGUCGCAGUAUAAGUGAAUCGAAUCGUCAUUGCAGUUCGUCGGAAAGUUCAGAGACUGCAUCACCCUUUAAUCGUGGUCAUAUGUAUUCAAAUAAAUGCUUAGAACAUAGAUGUUGCGAAAUAAUUUAUUUUUCCAAAUAUGGACGUCGUGUAAAAAGAGGUUCUUGUUUAGGUCAUUCACAGAAAGGCUGCAUCGCUUACACAGGCAUGGAUCCAGAUAGCGGCCAACUGUUAUACAUAACCGAAUGGAAUAUCAAGUACACACAAUUGGAGGCUAAGUGCAGUAACGGUGGGAAAUGCUUUUGGGUGCCAACUGAAUUGAAGUGCAAUGGUAAUCAUAGGGUCGAUGAUGUGAUCAAUUCGAUUGAGAAACAAAUAUCAAUGUUAGUUCAACUGCAUCAUAAGAAUCUCAUUCAAUACGAAUGUGUGCUUUGCAUAAAACGUAAAGAAUUUUUUACAAUAUUUCUCGCACAGGAUUUUUUGCUUGGUACAAGUGUUUUUAGUAUAUCAUCAACAUUAGGCUGGUGUAUUGAUGGAGCACGUAUGGUUGCACGUGGUGUUUUAGAUGCACUAGUCUUUUUGCAUAACAAAGGAGUUUCUCAUAGCCAUAUACUGGAUACGACAAUAUUUAUGGAUAACACUGGCACCAUACGUUGUACUGAUUUUUCUUUAGUGCCAAAUUUGUUGGAAUUGAUAGCAGGCCCUGGGCAACGUUCGACAAAAGGCGACUUGCCAGCUUUGGGUGCACUAGUAGAGAGCUUAUUGACUACACAUACAUUUGAGAUGCGUGAUUUUAUAGAAAAAUGCAAUUCUGAUCGUACCUUAUCAGCAUCCGAGUUAUUGGAACAUCCAUUUCUGCGUUUUGCUUCAUUCAUGCAUGAUGAUAAGGACAACGGUUAUCUUUCUGUAGCUAUUAAAAAUCCAACACAGCAUAAUGCAGACUUGGGAGUUGGUAAUCAGAACAAAACUCGAAAUUUAGCAGUACCCGCAGCUGAUGUAGCUAUUAUGGCAUUGCCUACGAGCCAGUCACGUUUACGUACUGAAUUCGAAGUGCUAACGUACUUGGGUAAAGGUGCAUUUGGAGAUGUAUUAAAAGUGCGCAAUAUACUCGAUAAUCGCCAAUAUGCUAUAAAACGCAUACCGUUGCCAGCUCGCAGUCGUCAAUUAUACAAGAAAAUGACUAGAGAAGUAGAGCUGCUAUCACGUUUAAAUCACGAAAAUGUUGUGCGUUAUUUUAAUAGUUGGAUUGAGAGUGUAAAUGAGGAAGAUGUAGAUGAAGAAGUGGAUAAAUUAAUACCUGCGGAUGGAUCUGUAAGUCAUGACAGUAUUAAACCGCCUAAAUCUCCACAUGGGAUACCAGUCGACGAGAUAGAAGACAGCUCUUCAAGCAUGUGGAAUGGUUUUAUGCCGAAUAUGGAUACUUCCGACUCUGAUGGCAUAGAAUUUAUUGAUUCAGAUGGACAAAUAGCGGUUUACAACGAUGAUGAUGAUGAUGAUGAUGCUAAUGCUUCGGAAUCUCAAAAAAAAGCUGCAUCGCCUAGACCACAAAUUCAAAUAAUGUAUAUUCAAAUGGAAUUUUGUGAAAAGUUUACAUUAAGGACAGCAAUUGAUAAUAAUCUAUAUGAAGAUACUGAUCGUGUUUGGCGUCUAUUUCGCGAAAUUGCAGAGGGUUUAUCACACAUACAUCAACAAGGCAUAAUACAUCGUGAUCUAAAGCCCGUAAAUAUAUUUUUGGAUUCCCAUGAUCAAAUAAAAAUUGGAGAUUUUGGACUUGCUACAACUAGUUUUUUGGCUUUACAAUCUCAACCUGAUCAAACGACACACACUUCGCAUAUUACUUCCAUUGAAGACGGUACUGGUACGGGUAAAGUUGGCACCACAUUGUAUGUAGCUCCGGAAUUAACAGAACAUGCUUCUAAGUCAACCUAUAAUCAGAAAGUAGACAUGUAUACAUUGGGUAUAAUUCUAUUCGAAAUGUGUCAGCAACCAUUCAGCACUGGCAUGGAACGUAUACAAACUAUGCUUGAAUUGAGAAGUCCAGCAAUUAUCAUACCUAAUGCAAUGUUGGAAAACCACAAAAAUGAUAAAACAAUCAAGAUACUUCGUUGGCUACUUAAUCAUGAGCCAGCAAAUCGGCCAACUGCAGAGGAGCUACUUGCUUCUGAUUUGGUACCACCUGCUCAGCUGGAAGCGAGCGAAUUACAAGAAAUGCUACGUCAUGCGCUGGCCAAUCCACAAAGUAAAGCUUAUAAGCAUAUUGUGGCACGUUGUUUAAGGCAGGAAAACGAUGAAGUGCUUGAGCAUACUUAUCACUUAGGCAGUAGUCGUGCAAUGAAAUCAUGGAACUCUCAUAUAGCUUGCGACGGGCUAGUAUCGCUUAAUCCCGUUAUAGAGUUUAUCAAAGCAAAAGUGAUUGGUUUAUUCAGAAAGCAUGGUGCAAUUGAAGUGGACACUCCUCUACUUUCACCACUGUCAACGCGUACAAAUCUUUGGUGUAAUCCCGUCAAGUUAAUGACACAUUCCGGUUGCGUUGUAGUGCUACCCAGCGACUUAAGAACACAAUUUGCACGUCAUAUAGCAAUGAGUGGAGUUAAUAUGAUACGUCGCUACUGUGUGGAUCGUGUUUACCGUGAAGAAAAGGUGUUCAACUUCCAUCCGAAACAGAAUUAUGAAUGUGCUUUUGAUAUAAUCACACCGAACACAAAUAGUUAUUUGGUUGAUGCAGAAUUGCUGACCGUUGCUUACGAGAUUACAAACGAAAUACCGCGUUUACGUGAAAAAAAUGUGGCGAUACGUAUGAACCACUUGAAUUUGCUACGUGCCAUUUUACUUUAUUGCAAUGUGCCGAAAAAUAUGUACAGUGAACUAUUUGGAAAUAUUACCGAUUUUAUCGAGGGUCGCAUAUCAAAAUUUCAGCUGCACUCAACAGUCACUGUUAUAAUGGAAAAAUCCAAAUCGUCUGCUUCUACAGUUAUAGACUUAUUGCUAUCAAACUUUCUAAUUAGUGGCUCUAGAAGCGGAGUGGAUGAUUGUUCGUUGCGGACAUUGGUGCGAGGUAAAGGUGAAACGGCUUCGUUAGCUAAGGGCGCUUUACGCGAACUGGAAUCUAUAGUGGCAAUUGCAAAAAGUUUCGGUGUAAAGUGUCCUAUACACAUCUGUGCCGGUUUGCCAAUAAGUUUUGAACGCGCAAAUAACGGCAGCAUUGUGUGGCAAAUGGUUGCUGAUCUGAAACGUAAUCGCGGGUCAAGGCCAUCUGUGCUCGCUGUGGGUGAGCGCUAUGAUAAUAUGUUGCAGGAAUUUCAAAAAGAAGCGCAAAGUUUUAAUGCAAACAUACCUUUGCGUAAGAUUGGUGGCGCUGGCUUAUCUUUUUCACUCGACAAACUCAUUGCUGCAGUGGAUGUCGAAGAUGCUAAGGAAUGUCGUGCUAUAGAUGUAGGUGUUUGCAUUAGUGGUUCACGUCCACCUCUGAAAGAUGUUGCAUAUAUCAUGCAAGAGUUGUGGUCUAGUGGUAUACGUUGCGGCAUUGUGGAGUCUGGAGUUGCUAGUGGUGAUGAUUUGCAGGACUUGGCUAAGCUUGGAGCAUUGCAUUUUAUAUUGGUAGAUGAAAAUGGUGGUUUACGUGUUCGUUCCUGGGAACGCGACAGGUUUCAAGAGAAACAUGUGACUCGCAAUGAACUUGGAGAAUUUAUACAGAAGAUGCUACGUAAUGAUGCAAACAAUACCGCUACCACGGAUUAUGUUAGUCAAAUGUCAAAUGCUGGUAAUAAUAGUGGACGCGGAGAUGGUAUUUUAAAUACAUCAGGUGGAAAUAGCAAUCAAAAAAUGAGUUACACAAUAAGUGGUCUAAGCCAAUUGCCAUACGUUCAAACAGUAUUCUUAAUACAGGAUAAACUUACUGCCAAUUAUCGCAGACGCUGUGAAAAUCAAGCUAUACAGCAAAUGAAUACAAUCCUUACGCAAUUCACCAAAAAAGCAAACGUCACAGUGCUAAUUGUGGAUUUACCAAACUCCGUAUUGAACGCUAUUGUCGGUGCGAUUAAUCCUCGUACUGUCAACAAAAAAGAGACUGAACACGAAAUAAACAUUGUGAUUGAAAGAUUUCCUAAGCACAAACGUUAUGUUCUGACAAUUUUAGAAGAAAUUGACGACCUAGUAACAGAUGCGAAGACAUCCAUUGUGGCCUUAUAUAGCAUUUUGGACUCGUGUUAUCGUGUAAUUAUAUAAAUUAGAUACUUUUACGUAAUGUUACCUAUUUUAUAAAAUGAUUUAAUAUAAUUUUGUAAUGAUUGAAUUUAAAGACCUAUAUGAUUUUGUCAAUUACAUUUUCUUUAAU